ACUGCAGCAUCCUGGCGGCGGAGCGCUGCGGCCUCGGCCGGGCUGAGCUCGCGUCCUGCCGCAGUCCCUCGGCCGCUAGUCGGAGCGAGCGCCAGCGAGGAGACCCCCGCCGGGCCACCGGCACUUGCUGCUGCUGCGGCUCCCACCCGUGAUCGCAGCCCGGCAGCUCGGAAACGCAGCCGGCAGCGUGGGCUGCGCAGCGUGGGAGGGCUUCGCGAUCGCCGGGGACCGAUUCCGAACUUGCAGGGGACCGCGGCUCUCCCGGCCUGGAGAGUGUGAACAGGAUUGUGGACUCUUCCAAGAUUUACAAUGACAAGGUGAACCCAAAAGCUGGAACCAAAAAGAUUUGUUCAGCGUUUUCGUUUUAACAACAAUAAAUUGUCUACCAACACCCAUCAUGGCUAAAAGUGCAGAAGUCAAACUGGCAAUAUUUGGGAGAGCAGGUGUGGGCAAGUCAGCUCUUGUAGUGAGAUUUCUGACCAAACGGUUCAUCUGGGAAUAUGAUCCCACCCUCGAAUCAACCUACCGACACCAAGCAACCAUCGAUGAUGAAGCUGUUUCCAUGGAGAUACUAGAUACUGCUGGUCAGGAAGACACCAUUCAGAAGGAAGGACACAUGCGGUGGGGGGAAGGCUUUGUGCUGGUCUAUGACAUUACUGACCGAGGCAGUUUUGAGGAAGUGCUGCCACUGAAGAACAUCCUAGAUGAGAUCAAAAAGCCCAAAAAUGUGACUCUCAUCUUGGUUGGAAACAAAGCUGACUUGGACCACUCCAGACAGGUUAGCACAGAAGAAGGGGAGAAGCUGGCCACGGAAUUGGCGUGUGCUUUCUACGAGUGUUCUGCCUGCACCGGAGAAGGGAAUAUCACAGAGAUAUUCUAUGAGUUGUGUCGAGAGGUGCGUCGGAGGAGGAUGGUGCAGGGCAAGACAAGGCGACGCAGCUCCACCACGCACGUCAAACAAGCCAUUAACAAGAUGCUCACCAAAAUCAGUAGCUAGGCAGCCUAGUUUCUGCACAGGCCCUGCUGAGAUAGGCCAGGUGAUUGGAAACACUUUUUUGCCCUUUAUUUCCCCUUCCAAAAUUAAAACAUUUCCUUCCUUGGUCUAACUCUGGGAAUUGUCUGGGCUUCCCAUUGUUCUCAAUCUCCCAUUUAUUGGGAAGUCUAGAGUGUUUUAUGCAAUUUCAGUGCUGACAGCUUCUCCCUUUCCUGCUUGAAUAAGAUAUAUUCUAAUGUAGUUUGAACACGUAAUCACGAGAGAUUCUGCAAUGGGUGGGUUCGUAUUAAGCUUAAAUAGGUUGAAGUCUUUUCAAAAGCAUUUUGAAAUUCAAUUUCUUCUCAGAAACUACAAACGAUUGUCUUAAGAGUCUAAGAGAGCAGAAAAUUCGGGAAAAACUUGGGAAGGGUAGCUGAGCUCUUGGAACAGGGAAUAGAACUCUAGUUCUCAUUUGAAGUGAGGAUUUUCUGAAUUAUCUUAAAUCAUCUAGUUUUUCUUUAACCUUUUAUUUUGUUCUUGAGUUCAAGCAUGUUCUCACUAAGGUUUUUCACCAUAGCAGAGAGUUUAUUUCAAUUUGAGUUGGUUCACUCAAUGAUCUAUUGAUCAUUCCACCCUAAUUUUUCUUCCUUGAUUCAAACAAAAAUUUAAUUAUAGCAGAGGCAGUAGGACACACAAGUCAGAUCCUACUAGGCCUUUUCUUAGUAAGCCCAGGAUGCUGUAAAAAUAUAGACCUCUUUUCACCAAACCCUGACUUUAUUGAAGGCUAGUAAAGGAUUUAGAAUUAGAGACGUCUGAUUCAUUUCUCCCUCUGCUUAUCACCUUAGCAGAGAAACAACAGUCCAAAAAACAUGAAAAUUAAGAAAAGAGCUUAACUACCCCUCUAUUGAGAAGCAAAGGCUUUGUGCCAGGCAUAGUCAGAAAAAUUAGCUUCUGAUUCAUUAUAAGUUGGCCACAUGACUUCUUUUAAUAUUUUGGAUAAACUAAUUCACAUAGGAGAAUUCAGAAAAAAGUGGGUGAUUGAAGCUCAUUAUACCUGAAUAAAUGUGUACAAAACAGAUUCUUGUAUUGUGAAAGUACAGUCUAUAACUGAUAAAACUUUAUGAUUCUUUUCUCCCUACGAUGCCCCCAUAUGUCAAGAUUUGGGCACUUUAUUUUAGUAGAAAAUAUGUAUCUUUUACAUAUGUAUGUAUUUAUAAAUGCAUAGAUAUAUGUAUAAAAAUUUGUAAAAGUUGGAGGCUUUAAUUCACCAGUGCAUUUGGACAACUUGGUGUAACUGACCUUAUUUUAUGUGACUAUAAUAAAAAGCAUAAUUUUUUCAUUCUGUCA